AAGGAAGGAAACGUUUCACUUUGCUGUGACUGGACUGCUCGACCGAAGACGCACAGAUAACGACACCAAUGCAAGAAUGGGUCCAUCUAACAUAACAUCUUCAACGGUUAAUAAUACACAAGUGUGCGCCUCAAUCGAUGACUUCCGUAAUCAAGUCUAUUCAACGGUAUAUUCUAUCAUCACCGUCUUAGGGCUGAUGGGCAAUGGCUUCGCAUUGUACGUGCUCCUCCGUACCUACCAUCAGAAAUCAUCCUUCCACAUCUACAUGCUCAACUUGGCCGUGUCAGACCUGCUGUGUGUCAGCACUCUGCCACUACGGGUGCUUUACUAUGUUAACAAAGGGCAGUGGAACCUGGGGGACUUUCUCUGCCGCUUAAGUUCCUACGCGCUGUAUGUGAAUCUCUACUGCAGCGUCUUCUUCAUGAUGGCCAUGAGUUUUACCCGCUUUCUAGCAAUUGUGUUCCCGGUGCAGAACCUGAGGCUAGCCACUGAGAAGAAGGCAUGGAUAGUUUGCGUGUGCAUUUGGGUCUUCAUUUGCACCACCAGUUCACCCUUCCUCCUCUCUGGUCAGCAUACUGAUCCAAAGUCUAACAAAACCAAGUGUUUUGAACCACCAGAAACGUCCAAAAGCCUGGAUAAACUGAUCAUGCUGAAUUACUUUUCCCUGGUGGUGGGUUUUAUUAUUCCCUUCCUGGUCAUCUUGCUGUGCUAUGCUGGUAUCUUGCGCACUCUACUUAGAAACACUAACGGUGUGAACAAGCAGCGUUACACACGUAACAAGGCCAUUCGGAUGAUUGUUGUGGUGAUGCUGGCUUUCUUGGUUAGUUUCAUGCCCUAUCAUAUACAGCGCACACUGCAUCUCCACUUUAAAAACCGUGAAAACGCUAACUGCAAAGAUACUAUCUAUAUGCAGAAGUCUGUGGUCAUCACCCUCUGCCUGGCUGCUGCUAACUCAUGCUUUGACCCAAUGCUCUACUUUUUCUCUGGAGAGAACUUUCGUCAUCGACUAUCCACCUUCCGAAGGGCUUCUGGAAACAUCAUUGGAUCUCACAAAGGCCGCCAUGCUGUCCAAAGCUCCCCGCCUGUGGAGGAGAGUGAAUUGCAAAACUGUAAUGGUUCAAACAAACUUGGGUAG